CGGUCUGAAUCUACGUAGCCCCAAGGCAGAACUUUCAAACGACCUUCAGUUGUAUUUCUUCGUCGGUCUCUACAGGAGGUUUUAUACACACAUCUUUCUUUUAAAUAUGGAGAAAUACUUGACGAUUGCCUUGCUUGUAGCAGUUUGUUUCACAUCAGGCUAUGCUUUAAACUGUAUAACAUGCGACUCGGCGACUGACAAAGAGUGUGGAGACCCCUUCACAGCAAAUCAAGAGAAAUACCUCGUCAAGUGUGAACCUGAGGAAACUUACUGCGGGAAAACAGUCAGCACUGAAGACAUUCGAUCCCCACCACUUGUCGUAAGAAAAUGCGUAGCUGAUCGAAGCAAUCAGAACUACACUUGGAAUCCAGAGGCCACUUGUCAGGAAAUGAACCAGCUUACCGUGUGCUAUUGCAAAUCCAGCCGGUGUAAUGGCAGUGACAAAAGCAGUCUCUGUAUUUCAUUGUUAACCAUUGCUGUAUUGUUUGCCUACAUAUUCAGAAAAAGUUACUAGACAAUAAACAAGUAAUGAAGAAAAUUUUAUGACGCGCUGAAUUUCGGAAGACACAAUGAAAUUAAAGAAAAAUUAUAUACUAUACAUGUAUAUAUGUUACUAUCAUUCAUAAUGAGAACUGAUAUUUUUUUUUUACAUAUGAAUGCUUCACAUUUUUUACAAUUAGUAAUUCAAUAUGCAAUCGACUGUUUUACACCAUGCAUAACUUUUCUAAUUGCUCGCCAUCAUUUGAAACAUAAAUGUGAGGUUUAUAUAUUGUAAUGAAUUUGCUGAAUACUACCGUUAUGGUAAUAAAACUUUAGCUACAACAUA